GUCACAGCCCCCCAAUACCAUGGGAGGAGGGCUCCCCCGGGAGUUUUGGGGGGUUUAUGGGGUGGGGGGUGACUUCCUCCAUCCCGAUCCCCACGAGUUUGGGUUGGGGUCGCAGCCCCCCAGUACCGUGCAAGGGACGCCCCCAUCCCCACCCCGACCCCGGGCUGGGCUGUCGCGCUUCGGAGCUGGGGGGGGUUCCGCGCUGCCCCCCGGUUUUGGGGGUGAGCCGGGGGGGUCCAGCCCUGCCGUGCCGCCCCCUCCCCUUUCCCCAGGGCAAGUACAGCCGGCGCAAGAGCCGCUUCAAGCGCUCGGACGGCAGCACCUCCUCGGACACCACCUCCAACAGCUUCGUGCGCCAGGGCUCGGCCGAGUCCUACACCAGCCGGCCCUCGGACUCGGACGUGUCGCUGGAGGAGGACCGGGAGGCGCUGCGCAGGGAGGCCGAGCGCCAGGCCAUGGCCCAGCUGGAGAAAGCCAAGACCAAGCCGGUGGCGUUCGCCGUGCGCACCAACGUGGGCUACAACCCCUCGGCCGCCGACGAGGUGCCCGUGCAGGGCAUGGCCAUCUGCUUCGAGCCCAAGGACUUCCUGCACAUCAAGGAGAAGUUCAACAACGACUGGUGGAUCGGGCGCCUGGUGAAGGAGGGCUGCGAGCUGGGCUUCAUCCCCAGCCCCGUCAAGCUGGACAGCAUGCGGCUGCUGCAGGAGCAGCGGCUGCGCCAGAGCCGCCUCAGCUCCAGUAAGUCGGGUGACAGCGGCGGCUCCAGCCUGGAUGUGGUGACAGGGACGCGCCGGCCCACGCCCCCCGCCAGCGCCAAGCAGAAGCAGAAGUCGGCCGAGCACGUGCCCCCGUACGACGUGGUGCCCUCCAUGCGCCCCAUCGUCCUCGUGGGGCCCUCCCUGAAGGGCUACGAGGUGAGCAGGGGUCAGAAAAAACCUUAACCCAACACUUCACCACAUUGUCCCCACGUGUCCCCUGUGUCCCCUGCCCCUCUCUCUCCCUGUCCCUGUGUCCCCCGUCCCUCACGUCCCCUGUCCCUGUCCCUGUCCCUGACGUGCCCUGUCCCCCCAGCCGAGGUGCAGAGUGAGACCGAGCGCAUUUUCGAGCUGGCCCGGACGCUGCAGUUGGUGGCCCUGGACGCCGACACCAUCAACCACCCGGCGCAGCUGGCCAAGACCUCGCUGGCCCCCAUCAUCGUCUACAUCAAAAUCACCUCCCCCAAGGUGCUGCAGCGGCUGGUGAAGUCCAGGGGGAAGUCCCAGGCCAAGCACCUCAACGUGCAGAUGGUGGCCUCGGACAAGCUGGCACAGUGCCCACCUGAGAUGUUCGACAUCGUGCUGGACGAGAACCAGCUGGAGGAGGCGUGCGAGCACCUGGCCGAGUACCUGGAGGCGUACUGGAAAGCCACGCACCCGCCGAGCAGCAACCCGCCCAACCCGCUGCUGACGCGCACCAUGGCCACGGCCGCGCUGGCCGCCAGCCCCGCGCCCGUCUCCAACCUCCAGGUACAGGUGCUCACCUCCCUGCGCAGGAACCUCAGCCUCUGGGGCCGAGAGGCCACCCCCAGCCCCCCCGGAGCCCUGGAGGAGCACGCGCUGUGAGGUGGCGAAGGGGACAGUGGGGACAUUGAGGGUGUCGGGGAAUCGGGACGGCUCCCAGGCUUUGGGAGAUCGCCGGGAUGGGGACAGCUCGGGAGUCACAGCGCCCCGCGGGUGUGGGGUUGGCCCUGGGGUCACCUGGGAUCAGGGUGACUCCAGGGGCAUGUGGCCCUCCCCAGGUAUGGGAUUGUCCCUGAGGUCACCUGUCCUGGGUGACUCCAGGGGCAUGUGGUCCCUCAGGUGUGACCCACUCCCCUGGGGUCACCUGUCCUGGGAUCAGGGUGACUCCAUGGGAAUGUGGCCCCCCACACAUGUGGGGUUGUCCCUAGGGUCACCUGUCCCGGGAUCAGGGUCACUCCACAGGACUGUGGCCCCUUACAGGUGUGGGAUUGUCCCUAGGGUCACCUGCCCUGGGUGACUCCAGGGAAAUGUGGCCCCUCAGGUGUGACCCACUCCCCUGGGGUCACCUGUCUUGGGAUCAGGGUCACUUCAGGAGACUGUGACCCUCCCCAGGUGUGGGACUGUCCCUAGGGUCACCUUUCCUGGGGUCAGGGUGACUCCAGGGGAAU